GGAGAAUGCCCUCCUCAAGUGAGGAGAGGGAGUGAAGCGCAGCCUCCCUAGACUCUGGGGGCUGAGGUGGGCGUGAGCAAAGGGGAGGUAGAGAAGAAGGAUCUGGGCAGGGCUCCAUGCCCUUCCUGCAGCAGCUGCUCUUCCACUCCCCUAAGCCUGUACCAUGAGGAGUGCUUUCUCAGGACUCUUGCCAUCAUUUUUUGUGAGUAUCCAUUGGAAUCUGCAGAGAGAGAGGCCGGUAUACAAAGGAAAUAACUAAAAAUGACAAGUAGAAGUCUUGAGGAGUCCAUGGGGGCUGUUCAGAUGGGGUUAGUCAGAAUGCUUAAAGGAUUCCAAAGCAAGAUUUUGCCACCCCUGAGUCCGAAGGUGGUUACAGAAGAAGAAGUAAAUCGAAUGCUGACUCCCUCAGAGUUCCUGAAGGAAAUGUCCCUCACCACAGAGCAGAGACUGGCUAAUACACGUGUGAUGUGCCGACCACAGAUCAUUGAACUUUUAGAUAUGAGGGAAACAACACAUCAAAAGUUUCCAGGAAUUGACCUGGAUCAAGCCUUAUUCCAGCCCUUUCCAUCAGAAAUUGUAUUUCAGAACUACACUCCCUGUGAAGUCUAUGAAGUUCCACUGGUUUUGAGGAACAAUGACAUAGUUCCAAGGAUGGUGAAAGUUGUUGAGGAAAGUUCACCUUACUUUAAAGUAAUCAGCCCCAAAGAUAUUAGCCACAAAGUAGCACCAGGAGUGCCAUCUGUUUUCCGAAUCCUCUUUACUCCAGAGGAGAACAAGGAUUAUGCCCAUAUGUUGACCUGUGUUACUGAAAGAGAAAAGUUUAUUGUGCCCAUCAAAGCUAGAGGUGCACGAGCCAUCCUAGAUUUUCCUGACAAGCUGAAUUUUUCUACCUGCCCUGUCAAAUACAGCACUCAGAAGAUUCUGCUGGUGCGAAACAUUGGCAACAAAGAUGCCAUGUUUCACAUCAAAACUCACAGGCCCUUCUCUGUAGAGCCAUCUGUUGGAACUCUUAAUGUAGGAGAGUCCAUGCAACUGGAAGUGGAUUUUGAGCCACAGACUGUGGGCAAUCACAGUGAAAAACUUAUUGUGUAUUACGACACAGGUGAAGAUGUGUUUAUAUCUCUGUAUGGAGCUGCCAUGGACAUGAAUAUAAGGCUGGACAAGAAUUCCUUGAUCCUUGAGAAAACUUACCUAUCUCUGGCCAAUCAGCGAACUCUAACUAUUCACAACCGCAGUAACAUCAUUGCCCAUUUCCAGUGGAAGAUAUUUGCUACCCAGGAAGAGGAAGACCGAGAAAAGUAUAGGGUCUGUGAUGAUCUUGUCAAAGAGGAAAAGAAUGAGACCGAUGGGUUUCUUGAGGAGUGCAUUAUUGAUCCUUCACUCCAACAGCGUCUUUCCAUUCUGUCCCGCACCUUUGAGAAUCAGAGAAAGCUGGUUCAGGCAGAUAGCAUGCUCUUCUUGAAUAACAUUUUCAGUGUUGAGCCUCUGGAAGGUGAUGUCUGGCCCAAUUCAUCAGCUGAAAUCACUGUGUACUUUAACCCUCGGGAAGCCAAACUCUACCAGCAGACUGUUUACUGUGACAUUUCAGGCCGAGAGAUCCGUUUGCCCCUCCGAAUCAAAGGGGAAGGAAUGGGACCAAAGAUUCACUUCAACUUUGAGUUGCUGGAUAUUGGAAAAGUUUUUGUUGGAUCUGUACAUUGUUAUGAGGCAGUACUAUCCAACAAAGGCAGCAUUGAUGCCCUCUUCAACGUGAUCCCUCCAACUUCGGCUGUGGGGACCUGCUUUGUUUUCAGUCCCAAGGAAGGUAUCAUCGAACCAAGUGGGGUCCAGGCUGUCCAGAUCUCCUUCAGUUCUUCCAUCUUGGGACACUUUGAAGAAGAGUUCCUGGUCAAUGUCAAUGGAUCACCAGAGCCUGUGAAAUUGACCAUUAUAGGCUGUGUCAUUGGACCUACCUUCCAUUUUAAUGUUCCUGCUCUGCAUUUUGGUGAUGUUUCCUUUGGGUUUCCUCAUACCUUGAUAUGUUCCCUCAAUAAUACCUCCUUGGUCCCCAUGACCUUCAAACUGCGUGUGCCUGGGGAUGGUGUUGGCCAUAAAAGCAUUUCAAGUUGUGAGCAGUAUUCAGACAACAAAAAAUCAUAUUGGAACAAGGAUGAAGUACCCGUAAUGAGACCAAAGGAAUUCACCAUCACCCCCGACUGUGGCACCAUUCGCUCCCAAGGAUUUGCUGCUAUCAGGGUGACCUUAUGCUCCAACACUGUGCAGAAAUACGAGCUGGCCCUGGUGGUAGACGUGGAGGGCAUCGGGGAAGAAGUGCUGGCGCUCUUAAUUACAGCGAGGUGUAUUGUACCUACUCUCUGCGUGGUUAAUACAGAGGUGAACUGUGGGCACUGCUUCCUGAAGUAUCCAUAUGAGAAAGCGAUCCAGCUUGUCAAUCAUGAUGACCUCCCAGGAUGCUAUCAGGUCCUGCCUCAGGUAUAUCAGGAUGCACCAGCUGUGUUGCUGUCUAGUCCCACCCCCUGUGGGGUCAUUCCUCCCCACAGCACCGUUCACAUACCUCUGGCCCUGGAGACCCAAGUCCUUGGGGAGUACAGGUCCACAGUUUACAUCUCGACCUUUGGGAGCCAGGACCCCCCUAUGGUAUGUCACUUAAGGAGCAUUGGAGAAGGCCCAGUUAUCUACGUACAUCCCACUCAGGUUGAUUUUGGCAAUAUCUACGUCCUGAAGGACUCCCUCAGGAUUCUCAACCUGUCUAACCAGUCCUUAAUCCCCGCAUUAUUCAAGGCAUGCAUGGCACACAAAAAGUCCCUUUGGACGGUUGAACCCAAGGAAGGCACAGUUCCCCCAGAAAGUGAUGUUGAACUGACACUGACUGCCAACCUGAACGACAUACUGACAUUCAAAGACACAGUCAUUUUGGACAUUGAAAAUAGCAACACCUACCGGAUACCUGUCCAGGCUUCAGGAAUUGGCUCCACCAUUGUUUCAGAUAAGCCCUUUGCACCAGAACUCAAUUUGGGAGCACAUUUUAGCCUGGACACCUAUUAUUACCGCUUCAAGUUGACCAACAAGGGACGUCGGGUCCAACAGUUGUUCUGGAUGAAUGAAGAUUUCUGUCCCCAAGAAAAGCUGGGUAAGAAGAGACUGGCUAAGAAGGGGCGUGCUGAGAGCCAGUGCCUGUCCCAGUGCUCCCAGGCACCCAGGGAUCCUCAAAGCCCCGUGUUUCAACUCCACCCCAUCAGGAUGGAGCUGUACCCAGGCCAGACGAUUGACGUGAUACUUGAAGGCUAUUCUGCCACUCCCAGGAUAGUCAAAGAAAAGCUGGUGUGCCACACCAUCAUCGGGACACAAAAGGGGAAGAGCCUGGUGAUGACGGUGAACAUCAUCUGUGACUUCGUGGCACCGUUCAUCCAGCUCUCCACCAAGCAGCUCGUAUACCGACUGGAGAAGAAACCUAACACUAUCCUGGAACCUGUUUACCAGCCCUUGGUCAUGAAGAACAUUUCCACCCUGCCUGUGAACGUGUUGCUCUCAACAAGUGGACCCUUCUUUAUCUGCAAGGCUGAUAAAUCCCCACUGCCCUCAAUUCCUGAGCCUAUUAAACUGGAGAUCGGUGAAGAAAAAGACCUGCUGGUCAAAUUCAAUCCUUCCUAUAAAAACGAUUUGAAUACCUGGGUGGCAGAAGAAGUUCUAGAAAUCAAGUAUGUGGAGCACCCUCAAGUGGACAGCCUGCACCUGCGUGGAGAAGUGAAUUACCCCAACCUCACCUUUGAGACCAUGGAGCUGGAUUUUGGCUGUAUCCUGAACGAUACUGAGGUGAUCCGCUACAUCACAAUCACCAACUGCAGCCCCCUGGUUGUGAAGUUUCGCUGGUUCUUCCUGGUGGAUGAUGAGGAAAAUCAGAUAAGGUUUGUGACGUGGCCAAGGAAGCCCCACGGUGCCCUCCUGUCCCAGGUGGAAUCCAUCCCAGUAACCUUGGCAUCUGUCAGCUCGGCAGCAGUCCCAGCAAUAGAGUCCCCCGAGAUGGAUCUGAGUGAUUUUGUUAAGACUAUCCUUGUGGAUGAAGAAGUUGGAUCUGAAGAAAGAGAGACCAAAAAAGCACAAGUGUCCAUCAUGGCCAUCUCAGAUGGAUUAAAAAUGAACUCUGCUGAAACAGAAAGAAUAGACACAAACCAGAGCCAGGCGGAGUUUCAGGAAUCGCCAUGGAUCUUUGAACGGGAUGAAAUGUUUUCCAUUGGGAUAGAAGAAGUGUUUGAUAUUUUGCCUCUCUAUGGAGUGCUGCGGCCACACAGUAGCCACCAGAUGUCUUUCACCUUCUAUGGACACUGUGACAUCAUUGCACAGGCUAAAGCUCUGUGUGAAGUGGAAGGAGGGCCCACCUAUGAGAUAAUACUAAGGGGCGAGGCCUCCCUGGUCAACUAUUCCUUUGACACCAAGGACAUUAACUGUGGAUUACAGCUGUUCGACCAUGUCACAGAGAGUGAAAUCACACUCAAGAACACUGGGAAAGUUGGCUUUGAGUUCAGCGUUCUGACUGACCCCCAGUCUUCGCCAGACAACCUUCUGCCGGGAGUGCCACUCCUCCAGCCUCUCUCAGGUUUUAUCGGUUCCCAUAAAGAGCAGGUGUUGAAGGUUUACUACUUACCUGGAGUACCUGAGAUCUUUCAAAGGAGCUUCCAGAUACAGAUUGCCCACCUGGACCCAGAAAAUAUUACUCUGAGUGGAGAGGGAAUCUUUCCCCGAAUCUGCGUCGAUCUCCCCAGGAACCUCAAAGGAUGUGAGAAGUACGAAAUCUUCUUAAAUCAGGCCAGAAAAAAACUAGAAAAAAACAAAUAUGAAAUGUUUGACCACUUAGAGAGACCUGAGGAAGUGCCUGAGGAUGAAUCUUCUGAGUUAAAUGCUCAACUCCAGAUGGAAGUAGAGCGGCUUAUAGUCCAAGACUAUGCCACAGAACAUCAGAAAUCAAUCGUCCUUGGUUCCAUGGACAACCUCUGCCAUCGGAGUCACCGCAAACCGAUCAAAGUCCAGCUGCCAGAAUAUAUCCUAGACUUUGGCUACAUCAUCCUUGGUGACGUCCGAACCCACAUCAUCAAGAUCACCAACACCAGUCACUUCCCAGUGUCCUUCCAUGCAGAAAAGCGUGUCCUUCACAACACAGGCUUCAGUAUUGAGCUAGAUCGUGUGAAGAAUCUGCCUUACUGUGAAACGGAAACAUUUGAAGUGAGAUUUGAUGCCCAAGGGGCCAGUCUUUCUGUUGGAAACAAAAAGGUCAUUCUGCCCAUCAAGGUGGUUGGAGGGCCAACAGUUCACAUCUGUCUCCAAGCCAAGGUUACCAUUCCCAGUAUGACACUGUCUUGUGGAAAAGUGGAGUUUGCCACAAUUCAGUGUGGACAGUGCCUCGUGGAAACUAUUCAGCUUUCCAAUCACCUCCAAGUGCCUUGUGAAUGGUUUAUCCACACCCAUAAGCAAGUUAGCAAGCUGGAGAAACACAUGCCAAAGUACUUAAGACGGAAACUAUGUGCUGAAUUAAAGCCAAAGACGCGGAUCUUUGAGAUUCAGCCCACUUCUGGGGUCUUGGAUCCUGGUGAGAGGUCCAACAUGCAAGUGAAAUUCAUGCCCAAAGAAGAGAAAUUCUACAGCCAAACCUUGGUGUUCCAGAUUGCCCAGAGUGCUCAAAAGCUUACUCUACUGGCACAGGGGCAAGGUCUAGAGCCAUGCUUGGAAUUUAGUCCCUCAGUUCUGGAGCUGGGGCCACUGCUGCCUUAUGCACCUGGAGAUGAGGCCGAGGUGGUGGUGAAGAAUCCCUGCAACUUUCCCAUUGAGUUUUACUCCUUAGAAUUUGACCAGCAAUAUCUUGUAGAAGAGAAGAUCUUGCGAACACUGAAGGGCUAUGAUUCCUACAACUCCCUGCUGCUGCCUCCCCGCCUUCCAGGGGAAAAGCUGCCCCCAGAGGUGUAUGAAUACUUUAAGGAGAUGAAGCGGUCAAAAGAGGAGCAGAUGAAGAUGAAAUAUCUGGAGAGUCUGGCGCAGGAGAACGAAGAGGACGACGGUCCCUUGUCAGAACAGGGGACCUCUGCCAGCACGAAGAGGACCUCGCUUAGCCGAGGGAUCUCUAUCACAUCCAACCUGGAAGAGCGGCAUAUCCCAAUGGUCAAGUCCAAGACCUACCCAGAUGAAGAGGAGGAUGAAGAAAGCCUGGAAAAAAUCAUGUUUCAAACUGACAAGAUUCAGAGCAUUGACAGCCACUUUCCAGAGGAGGUUGGAGAAGUAGAGAACAACCCAGUGAGCAAGGCCAUUGCUCGCCACCUGGGCAUUGACAUUUCUGCAGAAGGCCGCAUGGCCAAAAACCGGAAAGGCAUCGCCAUCAUCAUCCAUGGGACGCCCCUGUCAGGAAAGUCAGCCACCGCAGUCAGCAUAGCCAAGUACUACAGUGCAGCCUGCCUGAACUUCGACUCCAUCGUGCUGGAAGCCAUCUCCGAUGGCAACAACAUCGCAGGGAUCCGGGCCCGUGAGCUCUGCAUCAGGGCCGCCAUAGAGCAGUCCAUGAAGGAAGAGGAGUCUGCCCAGGAGGCUGCUGCUUUGAGCCAAAAUGCCUUGGGACAAAUAGGACUGAGCAGUGAGACCCUGGGGAAGUUAACUUCAGAAUCCACUCUGGUAACUCCCGAAAUUAAACCCGCCAAGCCUGUGCGUGGGAGCGUGCUCAUUACCAAAGGCAAAGCAGACAGCCACAGCUCUGUGUCUCAGAAGCAGCAUCACCAGCACUCGUCCGAAACGCCACAGAUUUCCUCCAGCCCUCUCCCCUCGGGACCCACGCAGCGCCGGCUCAGCGUCAGCGCCAGUAUUGGAGGUGAUACCGGGCUUCUGAGCUGCGUGCUCCCUGAGGAGCUCUUCACUCAGAUCCUGGCCGAGCGUAUUCAGCUGAGUGACUGCUACCGAGGAGUGGUGUUUGACAGCCUGGAGACGCUCUUUGCUCGGAAUGCGGCUGCUGCUCUCCUCUGCCUGCUGAAGGCCAUUGGCACCCGGGAGCAUAUCUAUGUCAUCAACGUGGCCCAAGAUUAUGCAGCCAUGAAGGCCCAGGAGAAAGCCAAAAAGGAGCAAGAAGAGCACAUACGCAGGGAAGCGCUUCAGAGAGAGAAGGAGCGUCUGCAAAACAUGGAUGAGGAAGAAUAUGAUGCCUUGACAGAGGAGGAGAAAAUAGUGUUCAAUCGAGAGGUUCAGCAGGCCCUCCGGGAGAGGAAGAGAAGGGAGCUGGAGAGACUGGCAAAGGAGAUGCAGGAAAAGAAGCUACAGCAGGAGCUUGAGCGGCAGAAGGAAGAAGAUGAGCUAAAACGGAGGAACAAAAAGCCAAAGCAGGGACCCGUAAAGGAGGAGCCGCCCAUGAAGAAAUCUCAGAUACCAAGUCGGCAGAUUCUUACUUUUUCCAAACUAGAGUUGAAGAAUGACGCGAUAGAAAGAAAAGUCUCCGUUAGGGAGCAGGUGGCUGCGGAGAAGGAGGAAUUGAACAAGAAGAAGAAGAACCAGCUGUCAGAUGUCAACAUGCCUGGGUGUCCUCUUGCCCAGGAACAAGAGGACAGCGAAGGGGACUUCCCGAAGGACACUGACAAGAACAUGGCCCAGAAGUUUAAGACCUACGAGUUGUCUCUGAGGGACAUCCAGAACAUCCUCACGUACUGGGACCGGAAGCAAGGAGUUCUGCUGCAUCAUACCGGGGCCGAGGUUGCGAGCCAUGAGGACGGAACCGACCAGCGCCAGGUUCCGUCGUCAUCGGGUGGGCGCCGAGGCCGCAAGGACCGGGAGAGGGAGCGCGCAGAGAGGGAGCGCGUGGAGCGGGAGAGGGCCGAGAGGGAGCGGCUAGAGAAGCUCCGCGCGCAGGAGGAGCGCCGCGACGGGGGCGAGGGCAAGGAGGAGGACCACGAAGGGAAGAAGGAUCUUGGUGUGCCCUUCAUAAACAUCCAGUUGCCCGACUCCGAAGGCUCGAGCUGGAAGCAGGCCCUGGAGAAUGACAGGCUUCCCAAAGAGGGGCAGAUCCUAGACCUCUUGGGCCUGGGUUCCUCUGGACCACCCAUCCCGCCGCCUACCUUAUUCUCACUCAUCUCCUACCCUGUGAAGCGGCUGCCUUUGGCCAUGACAGAAAUCCUGAAGCAUUUCGUGUUUGUAACUCCACCGUCCAAAGAGCUUUCCCUGAUGGAGGAGAAAAGAGAAGUGGAAGCAGAAGCAGAGCUUUCAGCCACCCCAGGCUCCUCAAAGACCCAGGAGGAGCAGACCACCUCAUCUAAGGGGAGCAGACAGAAAACUAAAGAAAAAACAGAUCAGACCCGCGAGACUCAGAAGGAGAAACGUCGCAUGGCCUCCAACAGGAAGGGCCUUUCUGGGGGAACCUCUGGAACCAUUGCUCCCCUGUCGGACGUAGAGCAGAACAACUUCUCUGGGCAGCAUUCACAGGAGAAAUUCCCCAGGUGGGCCUCGGAGCAGCCCAGGGAGGGGAAGGCUGAAGCCCCAGAUGGAGGGUGUGGCUGUCACAGCACCAGAUGGGAGCAGGGCGGUCACGCCUAUAACCCCAGCAGGACCGGACUCCUCCCAGGCACCAAUCCUGUCUUCUCUUGGCCCGAAGGAAGCGUUCUCACUUCAAAAGCCUGUGUGGUCAUUUUCAGGCUGAACCAUUUCCGGUGGAUCGUACCAGCCAAUGGUGAGGUGACAUUGCGAGUGCACUUCUCUUCCAAUGAUCUUGGGAUCUUUGACCAAACGUUUAACUUUGAGAUCCUUGGAACUCACCGCCAAUACCAGCUUUAUUGCCGAGGUGUCUGCACUUACCCAUACAUUUGCCAAGACCCAAAACACCUGGACCCUUUGCUGAACAAGAGUUCAUGUAUACAUCAUGUGGAGGCAAUUCAGACAGCUCUCCUCUCCUCUUCCUCCCCUGUGUUCAGAGUGGUCUUCCCUCAGCAGAAGAGGGACAUGAAGGCAAACGAGGUCAUCUUUAAGAAGUAUAUUGUGAGCAUGGAGAGGUUUUACUUCGGGCCACUGCUUUGUGGAAAAUCAAGAGAUAAGUACAAGUCAUCCUUGUUCCCAGGAAACAUGGAGACACUGACAAUCCUGAACAGUUCCCCGAUGGUCGUGGAGGUGUCCUUCUGCUUUCAGAACGAUGUCAAAGCAAACACCUACUUCCUGGAGCCCGUCAACAUGAUUCUGAAACCCAGUGAGAAGCAGAAGCUGAACGUUUGGGCCUACCCUACCGCAGUUGGUGUCUUUGAAGACAGCAUUGUCUGCUGCAUCAAGGAGAGCCCCAAGCCAGCCGUCUUCAAAUUAAGCUGCCAGGGCGUCCGCCCAGAACUGGAGCUGGACCCCAGACAAUUGCAUUUUGACCGGCUCUUGCUGCACAGGAAAGACUUCAAGGUAGUUCUUCUCCGCAACAUCACACUACUGCCCCUGGCCUGGAGGAUCACCAGCCUGGAGCACCUGGGCGAAGACUUCACCGUGUCCGCGAUGCAGGGGACCAUAGCCCCCAAGGCUGAGCAUAGCCUACAAGUGCACUUCCAACCCUCCAAACCCAUCAACAUCAAGAAGGCAAUUCGCUUGGAGGUUUUAGACGCAGACAACCUCAUUGGUGUCGUUCAGUUUGAAAACAUCCUGAUCUUUGCUGAGUCCUAUGACGUUGCCUUGGACAUCACCUUCCCCAAAGGAGCUGAAGGAGGCCUCGAUUUUGGGAUUGUGAGGGUCAUGGAGGAGGUGAAGCAGCCCCUGCAACUGAAGAACCGUGGGAAAUACGAGGUCAUGUUCAGCUUUUCUGUGGACUCCUUAGGGAUUUCAGCAACCAAUAUAAGUUCCAUGAUCUCAGUCCAACCCAAGAAGGGCUCACUGACCACAACGGAAAAACCCACAAAUGUCCAGGUGCUCUUCCGUGCAAAAAAGGAAGUGAAGAUCGAGCACCAGCCAGUUCUGCGCUGUCAGAUUAUUGAGCCCAAUAUCUCAGAAGGAGGUGAAAUCAUUGCCAGCAUCCCAAUUAAGUUUUCUGUGAAUGCCGUGUUCUCCAAGUACAACAUCAGCCCCUCCUCCAUCAUCAACUUCGGGGCUUUGAUCUGUGGCACGCGUAAAAGCUCCUCCUUCACCAUAGAAAAUCAAGGUGUAAUCGACUUCAAAUACACCCUUUAUAGGCUGACAAGGGAGAGCUCCCUUCAUCAAAAGAAAGUCGUCAGCCAUGUUAGACAUGCAAGAUCCCAGGAAAGCGAGAGCUUCUACAAGACUGGACCUUCUAAGGCAACCAAGUUCUCUGACUCUGUUCAGAAAGAAGUAAAUGUCACAAACCAGACUCUUCCACCCACUCUGCCUCUACCCCUCCUGCCCCUCCCACCCUUCCUGCAGGCUCGCUUCACCCACGGCAUGUUCACCGUGUACCCUGGGUUUGGCUCCAUCCCUUCCGGAGGAAUGCAGGUCGUGACCAUUGACUGUGUGGCUGACCCUGUGGGAAGAUGUGAGGAAUUUAUAGCGAUUGAUAUCUCUGACCGAGACCCAAGAGACCAGCCCCCUGGCAUUCCUUACAGCCUGUUGGCCGAAGCCUGUCAGCCAGCUUUCGUGACCGACAACACCACCUUGAUAUUUGAGGAGCACCAACUCUGUAGCAGCGCCAACCUGUACAGCAUCCUGCAGACCAUAGAGAGCGGGGGGCUGUUUGUGGAGGAUGAGAACAAGUUCAUCUUCUGCAAUGUCCUGGUGGGCCAUCAGGCCAAGGCUCGGUUCAAGAUCGCCAACAUGGGAAAGAUCGCCUGUGACGUGAACAUUGUGGUUAAGCCCAUCUCCAGCAAGAUCUUUGCCCGCAUCACAGACAUCUUUGAAGUGGAACCCAGCAAGAUGUGUGUUGCCAGCCGCUCGCAUGCCUUUGCCACGGUGUCCUUCACCCCACAGACCAUGCAGACCUACCAGUGUAUCUUUGAGGCCACCUUGGACGGCCUGCCCAGCAACCUGGCCAAGAAUCGAAGCCUCAUGUUUGAUAUUGUUGGAGAGGGGAACCUCCCUCGAGUGACCAUUGUGCGGCCGAUUCUCUAUAACCAAUAUGGAAACCCCUUGCUCCUCUUUAAGAGGCUUCUGCUUGGUCAUUCAGAGACACUGCCUCUUGUCCUCAAGAACAAUGGCACCAUCCCUGCCAAGUUGCAUGUUGACCUGCAGGACCAACUAGGAGUCUUCUCCCUGAAGGGGAAGCCGUCCACCUCCUACAUCUACAUCAUAGAGGAAAACAAACCACAAGCAAAAGCAAAGAAGGCUCACACAGCCUCCCUGGUUGUUCCUCCUGGAGACACGGCUGAAUUUGAUGUUGUUUUCCACUCCCAGAAGGUUGGGAGAAUGGCAGGCAUCAUCCACUUGUCAGUGAUCAACAACCAGUACGAGGAGACAGUCAUCCACAUGGUGGGAGAGGGCUACGAGGAUGACAUCACCUUGGACAACAUCCACGGGCUGUUGGCUUCCUCCAGCCAGGAGGCCUCAGAUAUCUCUGAGAUCAUCGAGGAAAACACGAUGGAAGACUUCGUGGCAGCUGCUCUGGUGAACCACAUCCAGUUUGGGGACUGCCACAUUGGAAACAGCUAUAACGUGAGCUUCACAAUCACUAAUCACAGCCAAGUGAAUGUGAUACGGUUCGAAUGGCCCCUUUUAGCCACAGUUUCUUUCUCCCCACAGGUGGGCCACCUCCACCCUGGCUGUGCCAAGGACAUAGCGGUGACCAUGAAGUCAGACGUGCCCAUCAACCUGAAGAAGAUGGGGAUCAAGUGCAAGCUCUCCAAGAUCAUGUUUCAGCUCCCUGCAGACCAGGUCCCCGACUGGGACGACCGCAUGCGCACGGUCAAGUGGGUGGACGUGCUCAGAAACACGCCCGGGACUUUCACUACAAAACGAAAAGUGAUAGAGACGGAUCCUGAGCCUGCUUACUCAGUACUAGAAGAAAACUACCGAGAACUGCAGCUGCAGAUCAGUGCCCACGUGAAUUUCGCUUCAUACAAGUGCCAGACGAGCGAUGUGCACUUUAAGGAAACACUGGUUUCCCAGACCCGAGUGUUUGAGUUUGAACUGAUUAAUUCAGGAAAUGUGCAGCUGGAAUUCAGCUGGAUCUCAGAAGAGACGGCGAAGGCUGUCAGCUUUGCAAUGCCAGAUAACCAAGGUUUCUCCCAAAAUGACCAGCUUAGCCAGGGCACGCUGCACACGGGCAGCACCCUGGACAGUGCCAUGGACCAUUGGAACGAAGCUUCCCUGCCACCCUUCUCUGUGGAGCCCGUCUCAGGCAUGGUGCCCGUGGGGAAGACUCAGAAGCUCAAAGUGAAAUUCUCCCCAAUGGAGGUUGGAGACUUCGAGAGCAAUCUUUUCUGCCAGAUUCCUAACCUGCCACCUGGAGAGCAAGGCCCAGUCCUGUCAGCAAAAGGGAGGAGCUCCCUGCCUUUCUGCCAUUUUGACCUGAAAGACUCGGACUACAUCAGCGGUCAUCGGCGCAACCCAGAUCUCCGAGGGCCUAGUGGUGGGGCUCUGGAUCCAAACACCCGGGUGAUUGAGUUCACCAGCGUGGGCAUAGGAGGGAAGAAUCUCCGGACUUUUACAAUACUGAACCCGACCAAUAGCACCUACUCCUUCUGCUGGGUCUCUGAAGAAAUUGAAAGUCUCCAGAACCCUCCAGCCUUCACAUGCCUUACAGAAAAGGGCCUCAUCCACCCUGAAAAGAAAGCUGAGAUUAUCUUCCAGUUCACACCUUUCCAUCUGGACAUCUCGGAAGCAUUCUGGACUUUCUUAAUCCCCGAACACAACAUCACAGUCCCUUUCCUGCUGGUAGGCAAAGCCACUGACCCUCUCAUCAAUCUGGACAAGUCACAUCUCAACUUCAGUUGUCUCCUCAUUGGCAGAGAGGCCAGGGAGACCGUGAAGAUCACCAACAAGGAGGAGCAGGAGUUCCAUUUUGCCUUCCAGGACACCUCCCGAUAUUCUGAAGGUUUCAGCAACAGCCUGGUCGUAUGUCCCAUGGAAGGCUGGGUCCCACCGCGGUCCAGGUUCCCAAUUGAUAUUUUCUUCACACCGAAGCAGGAAGGAGAAGUGAACUUCAAUUUGAUCUGCAAUGUGAAAAAGAAAGCCCACCCUCUGACCUUAAAUGUCAAGGCUGAGGGCUACGCUAUGAAUGUAGAGGUCAAGUGCAAGGACAAGACUGGCACCAUCACUCUCUUGACUCCCAACCAGACCACCACUGUCAACUUCUAUGAGGUGGAGUUGAAUGAAUGUGUCCAGUGUGAAUUCAGCUUUAUCAACACCGGAAAGUUCAACUUCAGCUUCCAGGCAGAGCUGUCCGGCCCCAAGUCCCUGCUGCAGUACUUGGAAUUUUCACCCACGGAUGGCAGUGUGGAUGUGGGGCAGAGUGCACACGCCUCCCUGUCUUUCCAGCCAUUGAAGAAAUGUGUCUUGAGGGGCCUGGAACUCAAAAUCAAGAUCAGCCACGGUCCAGCAUUUUUGUGCAGCAUCUCAGGCUGUGCCGUGAGCCCAGCCGUCCAUUUCUCCUUCACCAGCUACAACUUUGGGACCUGCUUCAUUUACCAAGCUGGGAUGCCCCCAUACAAACAAACCCUAGUUGUCACCAACAAGGAGGAGACGUCUAUGAGCUUAGAGUGUUUGUACACCAACACCAGCCACCUUGAGGUGAACUUCCGAGUUGAUGUGGUGAAGCCAGGAAAGACACUGGAGAUUCCCAUCAUCUUUUAUCCUCGAGAAAGUAUCAAUUAUCGAGAACUCAUCCCCUUUGAAAUCAAUGGGCUCUCACAACAAGUAGUUGAAAUCAAAGGGAAAGGCACUGAAAUGAAGAUUUUAGUCCUCGAUCCAGCCAAUAAGGUGGUGAAGUUAGGAGCUGUCCUGCCUGGACAGGUGGCGAAGAAAACGAUUUCCAUCAUGAACAACAGCCAAGCCCAGCUCACAUUCAACCUGUCAGUCCUGUUCUCGAUUCCAGAACUCCAGGAACCCAAGGUCAUCACCUUGACACCAUUCCGCAACAUCACUCUGAAGCCCAAAGAGGUCCGGAAGCUGGAAGUCAACUUCGCCCCAAAGAAGCGUGUCCCUCCGUUCUCCGAAGAGGUGUUCAUGGAGUGCAUGGGGCUCCUGCGGCCCCUCUUCCUCCUCAGCGGCUGCUGCCAGGCCCUAGAGAUCUCCCUGGACCAGGAACAUCUUCCCUUCGGACCAGUCGUGUGUCAGACACAAGCCACGCGUCGCGUCCUCAUGUUGAACACGGGCGACGUGGGUGCGAGGUUUAAAUGGGACGCCAGAAAAUUUGAGCCUCAUUUCUCCAUCAGCCCGGAAGAGGGCUAUAUCACCGCAGGCAUGGAGGUUUCUUUCGAAGUGACUUACCAUCCUACUGAGGUGGGCAAGGAGAUCCUCCAUAAAAACUUGCUCUGCUUCAUCCAGGGUGGCAGUCCUCUGAGCCUAACCCUGUCUGGAGUCUGCGUGGGACCACCUUCGGUAAAAGAGGUGGUGAAUUUCACCUGCCAGGUACGCUCCAAGCACAUACAGACCAUCAUGCUUUCAAACCGCACCAACCAAACCUGGAAUCUGCACCCCAUCUUUGAAGGCGAGCACUGGGAGGGGCCCGAGUUCAUCACCCUGGAGCCCCAUCAGCAAAACAAGCCCUAUGAGAUUACCUACCGGCCCCGCACCUUGAAUGUGGAGAACCGCAAGCAUCAGGGCACCCUCUUCUUCCCCCUCCCAGAUGGGACCGGCUGGCUGUAUGUACUGCACGGGACUUCCGAGCUCCCCAAAGCCGUGGCCAAUAUCUACCGUGAAGUGCCAUGUAAGACGCCCUACACUGAGCUCCUGCCAAUCACCAACUGGCUGAACAAGCCCCAGAGAUUCCGGGUCAUUGUGGAAAUGUUGAAACCGGAGAAGCCCGACCUAAGUGUCACCUUAAAGGGCCUUGAUUACAUUGAUGUGCUGUCUGCCUCCAAGAAAGACUACAAGCUGAACUUCUUUUCCCACAAGGAGGGACUGUACACAGCAAAGGUGAUCUUCCGAAACGAGGUGACCAACGAGUUCCUAUACUACACGGUGAGUUUCAGGGUCAUCCCUUCAGGCGUCAUCAAAACCAUCGAGAUGGUGAGCCCUGUCCGGCAGAGCACAUCGGCCUCCAUCAAGGUGGAGAACCCCCUGCCCUACUCGGUGACCUUGUCCACGGAAUGCAGGGUGCCCGACAUCAGCCUGCCCUCCCAGUUUGUGGUGCCGGCCAACUCUGAGGGCACAUUCUCAUUUGAAUUCCAGCCCUUGAAAGCUGGAGAAACCUUCGGGAAACUAACACUGCACAACAGUGAUUUGGGUUACUACCCAUAUGAGCUCAGUUUGAAGACCACGCCAGCACUGCCUGAAAAGCCUGUCCACUUCCAGGCUGUUCUUGGCAGUGGCCAGAGCAUCUUUGCCAAGUUCACCAAUUACGCCCGGCAGAAGACAGAAUACUACUGCAGGACCGACUGUCCAGACUUCCACACGGAAAAGGUCAUCUACACGGCCCCCGGGGUGCAGGGCGGCACCGAGGUGAGUGUGGAGGUGUACUUCGAGCCCAGCCGCCUGGGCGAGAGCAAGGGCAUCCUGAGCCUGUCAUCGCUCGUGGGCGGCGAGUACCUCAUCCCCCUCUUCGGAGUGGCCCUGCCCCCCAAGCCGCAAGGCCCCUUCCUGAUCCGAGCCGGGUACAGCAUAGUCAUCCCCUUCAAGAACGUCUUCUACCACCCGGUCUCCUUCUCCUGCACGGUGGAGAACCCGGCCUUCUCCAUCCGCGCCGUAGACUCCGUGAAGCCCAAGAAGAUCAACAACAUCACGGUCUACUUUGGAGGAAACCCAUCAGGCAGCAAAACGCCCAUCACCAGCAAGCUGAUUGUAGCCUGCCCUCCCGGCGAAGGCAGCGACACUGGAAUUAAAUGGGUUUAUUACCUGAAGGGGAUCACCCCGUAGUGGGAACCAGGGUCUGCGGCAUCAUGGAAAAGCCAUCUCCUCAGCCUUAAUACCUAUGUGUUGUUCUAGCCCUGCAAAGAAUAGAGAAAAUAACCAGAAUUCUAAAGGUACUGUUUUAUCCUCCAAUUCAAUUACAGGGGCACUUAUUUCUACAUUAUAUGAAUUCCAGAUAUCUGUAUGAAAUAUAGAUAUUCCACAUUAAACAUGGUAACUACACGAAA